AUAUGAAACAACCCUAUCUUUAAUUGAAGGUUUAAACAAACAUAUGUCCUUAAUUUAAAGUCUUUACAACCCUGUAUACUUAACUAUAAAUUUCUUUAAACUUGAGUGCCUUAACUUAAAAAAGUUGGUAACUUUUUAACAGUAAAAGAAGUGUAUACAUGUCUAUUGGCAUGUAAUUGCCAAGAACACUUGAGAAAAGUUACAUUCCACCAAGAGUUGUUCGCACUUCAAAUGGAUUAUCUUGCAACUUAGUGGAGAACUAAGUUCAUCUUGCCAUUUCCCUCUUUGUCACCAAAUGGUAAAGAGGAAAGGAAGUUGAGAGUUCAUGAGAGCUGCAGAAUGCUAGGGUUUGAAGAAUUCAAGAGGGUUCCCAACUCUUCAAUACAAAUUUACCAAUCUCAUGAAAAAGGCCUGUAGCAAGACAAAGGAAGUAGAGUGAUUUGCAUGCUUUAUGUACAAGGUAGCAAUAUCCAUAUCGCUUCCUUGGAUCAGGAAAGAAAACAUGAUGCGCCACACUGGAGAAAUCCCAAUCAUAACAUCAAACACUUAAAUAAUUACCAUUAAAGAUGCCCAAAUAAUGACGAGCAAUAUUGGUGACAACUAAUCCUAGAUGAAGUGAAUUUGCAGUUAUAUCUACUCCCUCUUCCUGCUCAAAGAAAAAAACAUCAUGCGCAUCUUACAUAGCAAUUUCAAACUACCACAGUGAAGACAGAGAGAGAGAGAGAGCAUAACUGUGACAGAAAUAGCAUUAUGUAUAUUUUCACAAGCACAGAAACAUCUAAAUUUGAUGCUAUCAACAAUACAGUUGAAGUACAGCAAGACCAUUUAAAAGAGACAUCCCCAUUCAAAGGGAAUUUACCUGUAAGUGUACAAAUUAUGUAAAGAAAAGCAUAGCAAAACCUAAAAGAUCACAUGUAAUAAAACUAAUGUCAGAUUAGCAUCAUUGUGAUCUCUACUGACAAAGGUGAACCACACUCUUAAGUUACAUAAAAACAUAAGCUGAUGAGAACUCCAUAAAAUAAUAAACAUCUAAGGAGGUCCACUUUAGAAAGUACAAUCUUUGUAGCAUAAAAUCUUACUGCUCAGUAAAUAUUGUAAUGCUUAACUGAUAUGGCUAGCAACCUAAAGAAAUAUAUGUUUUGAUAACCAGGUGCUUAGAAAACAAUGUAACAGGUUCUUCUAAUAAAAAUAGAGGUGACCUAUUACA